AUGGAGGAAGAGGACUACGACUAUGACAACUCCAGCUCCAACGACAGUGACUACCACGAUGACUACCACUCGGUAUGCGACAAAGCGGAGGUGCGUUCUUUCGGCCGUCUCUUCCUGCCCGUGGUCUACGCCUUGGCCCUGGUGGUGGGUGUGGCAGGCAACGCUCUGGUCGUGGUGGUGUAUGCGUCGCCGCGGCGACUGCGGACGCUGACAGACGUGUGUAUCCUGAAUCUUGCCGUGGCCGAUUUACUACUUCUUUUCACGCUGCCCUUCUGGGCUGCCGACGCCGUGCACGGCUGGCGGAUCGGCGUGGCUGCCUGCAAGCUCACCUCCUUCCUCUAUGCCACCAACUUCAGCUGUGGCAUGCUGCUGCUAACCUGCGUUAGCGUGGACCGCUACCGUGCACUGGCCCACAACGCUGGAGGCCUCGCCGCGAGUGGCCCGCGGGCCAGGAGACAGUGGAUAAUAGUGUGUGCCGUGGUGUGGGCCAUGGCAGUUUGCCUGGGCCUGCCUGACAUGGUGUUCUCCACGGUGAUGCCCACGUCUCAUCGUCUAGCCUGCAUGGCCGUCUAUCCCCUCAGCAUGGCUCGGCUGACCAAGGCUGCCCUGGAGCUGCUGGAAGUGCUGCUGAGCUUCCUGCUGCCCUUCCUGGUCAUGGUGGUGUCUUACUGUUGGGUGGGCCUGGCGCUGGUUAGGGUCGGAGCCGGGGUGUGCAGGGAAAGGAGGAGGCGGGCCGUCCGGGUGCUGCUGGCCGUGGUGGGGGUGUUCCUGCUCACCCAGCUGCCCUACAACCUGGUGAAGCUGUGGCGGACGCUGGACGUCAUCUACGGCCUGGUGACCGACUGUGACCUCAGUAAGGGUCUGGACCGGGCUCUCCAGGUGACGGAGAGCCUGGCGCUCACACACUGCUGCUUCAACCCAAUACUCUACACCUUUAUAGGCUCCUCCUUCAGAGGACACGUCAUCAGGGUCACUAAGUGCCUCGGACAGCGCCUCGGGGGGAGGUGGUGUGUUGGUCGCCAUGGCAACGAGGAGCGGACAUUGGAGAUCUCGCUAAAUACACAUACCCCAGCCAGGCAAACACACUCACACUCUGUCUCGGAGGACGAGGACACCAGCACCUUCACCAUCUAA